GCGAGCUCAGCACAGCACAGCUUGCACCCGCACGCAGUCAUCGUGCCCUGAGUGUUUACAAGUCACCGCCAUGCCUUGCACUUUGCUGAACCUCUGUGAAUAUGACACGCAAAAACUCGUCAAAAUCAAGAGCGUCAGACUUGGGUCGCUGAAAUGGACAUUAAACGGAGUUAUCUUGAUGUUCAUUUGUAUCAUGAUGUUAUGGAAUAAAGAAUAUCAAGAGUAUGAUCUUGUAGUGAGUUCUGUUACCACAAAGGUUAAAGGAGUGGCAAAGGUAACUAUACCAGACAUUGGAGAAGUUGUGUGGGAUGUUGUGGACUACAGCGGACCAUAUCAGGGAAGAAACUCCUUUUUUGUGGCGACAAAUGUCAUUGUAACAAAGAACCAAAAACAAGGUAAAUGCCCCGAGGUUCUACCACAUGGGAAACUGUGUCGAACAGAUAAAGACUGUGAGAAAGGGUUUUCUGACCAACGUAGCCAUGGUGUUCAAACGGGUGCCUGUGUGAAGUUAGAUGUACUAAAGAAAACAUGUGAAAUUACAGCUUGGUGCCCCAUCGAGAAGAAGAGGAAUCCCAGGCCUGCUCUUUUGGCAUCUGCAGAAAAUUUCACUGUGAUGAUCAAGAAUAACAUCAGAUUUCCAGCAUUUAAUUACAUAAGAAGAAACAUCCUGUCUGAAAUGAAAGACACUGAACUUAAAGGUUGCAUUUAUAACCGUUACAAAAAUCCAUACUGCCCCAUUUUCCGUUUGGGAGACAUUGUGAGUGAGGCCAAAGAGAAGUUUUCAGAGAUAGCAGUGGAGGGUGGUGUGAUCGGGAUCCAGAUCAACUGGGACUGUGACCUGAACCACAUCUUUCACAGCUGUCUGCCCAAAUACUCAUUCCGUCGCUUGGAUGAAAAAGAAAGCAACCGAACCUUGUACCCUGGGCUCAAUUUCAGAUUUGCAAGAUACUCUACAGUGAAUGGUGAGCAGCAGAGAACGCUCUUUAAAAUGUAUGGGAUUAGGUUUGAUGUGAUGGUGUUUGGGAAGGCUGGAAAGUUCAGCAUCAUUCAGCUAAUCAUCUACAUUGGAUCUACGCUCUCGUAUUACGCUCUUACAACACUAUUCCUGGACUGGCUUAUUGGGACUGGCUGUUACUCAAAAGAGGCAAAACAGAACUACACUGAGAGGAAGUUUGAGGCCAUACAGGACCGAGAAGAGUGCUUCCUUUGUGUGUCAUUUGUGGAUGAGGAUCAGUUAAGGGUGGUGAAAAAAUCCAGAAAGAAAAGACUACAGGAGACAAAACCCCUUUCCUUACACCAGCGCAAAAAUGAUUUGGCGAGCAUGAAGACUCUGAUGAGUGUUCUGCAGUGCUGUCAAAGCAGAAGUGAACCUUUACAGAACAGCCAGAGUGGUGAGCUAAAAGUGGAUGAAAACCUUCCCAGAAGUCACAGAAGCAGACAAAGCACUGACACGCCAUUACUGGAGAUGCCACACUCUGGGUGUCCAGCCUGGUGUCAGUGUGGCUGCUGCCGGCCUUCCGACUCCUUGCAGGAGCAGCUAUGCUGUCGGUCGAGGAAAGGACGCUGCAUAACCUCCUCCCCGCUCUUUUCAACACUGGUUGUCAGUCGUUCCGUCCUGGAGACCACUUUGUUCUAUGUGGAUCCCCUAGCGGAGCUGCGUGAGCAUACUCAGCUGCGCCGUGGGGCCUAUGCUCAAUUCAUUAGAUGGCGCUUUGGUGACAGCACACCUAGAGAUGCUGUUCCAGUAAUACCCAGUUGCUGUAUAUGGAGGAUAAGAGCAGAAUACCCCAGCCCUGAUGGGAAAUACAGUGGCCUUAGACUCUAUCAGGCCGUACCGUCUCAGACAGACUUCAAUAGAUAAGACUUUAUUCAAUUUAUGAUUAGACAUUCAAUCAUAAAUGGCAAUGCCGAAAACUAAUGAUAUAAACCACAAUCAAUAAUACAGAAUAUGAUUAGUGAUUUUAAAAAAUUUCAACCAGUAAAGCAACCAAAUUAUGUAUCUCAUUAACCACAAAAAAAUGCUGUCAGUAUGUUUUUACUAACACAGAUGCCUUUGAACUUAAAUGAAGAGGCCAAGCAUGUACAGCCAACCUGAUUUCCCAAUCAUUUUAAGUGUGAUUAAACACUGAUACACUCACAAACUAAUGAAUAAAAAUUAUAUUAUAUUCAAAUGUGAUGGAAAAACAAAGGUUAGUAUACA